AUGGCUGCUCAAGCAGAGCCGUCGGUCUUUGUCGACCUCACCAUGGACGACGAGUCCCUUUCCGAACUCUCGGACGCAGCCGGCCCCACUUCUUCAUCGUCGUCACCCAAGCCCAAGUCCAAGUCUGGAUCCAAUUCAAACUUAGCAUCGAGACCGGUAGCAAAAAGCGCUAGCACUGGUGUCAAAAAGUCUGCUUCCUCUUCCAACAUCGCCUCCACCAAAUCGCAGUCCAAGUCCAAAUCAGCAUCCACAUCCAACGGUACGGCAAAGCCAAAAGCGAGAAAGUCGGACCCUUCUCCAUCUUCACGUACCAAUGCGCAGGCCGAAUCUGCUAAUGCCACAGGAAAGCGCAGGCAAGAUGGCACCCAGGACACCUCCGCGCCUUCGCGCUCUGUCCCCAUCAGCGACGUCGUACGAGCACGCACCCAUGUCAACUACGAGGGCGGCCCGCAGAAACUCUGCCAUCAGCACCAUCAGAAUUGCAAGGGCGCUCUACUAGAGUGCACGUUCAUGCGAGCCCCCGGAAAGCGCUGUCAAGGCCGCUACUGCUUUUCCACGCUCAAGCGCCUCUAUGAUCAGGACCCGGAAACCAUCGUCAAGUCCAACCGCAUGAUGAUCAACCCGGCAGAACACUGUCCUCCUACCGAGACGAAGUACGCCUGGAAGUGUCCUCGCUGCCGUGGCAAGUGUGCUUGCUCGGUCUGCCGCAAAGCUGCCGGCCUCGAACCACUAGGUAGGCCGUUUGGGGCUUCCAAGCAAGGCAAGUCCGCACCCUUGGACAGCAGCGCCGCCGGAGCUAGCGAGAGCAAGCCGAAGAAGACCAAGUCCAAAGCAGGAACCAACGGGGCAGGGAGCAAGGCCGCUGCUGCCGCCUCUUCCGCGAAGACGAGCGCCAAAGCAACGGCGAAGGUCACAUCCAAAGGCCGCAACAUCGCUGAAGCCGUCGCAGCGGCUCAAAAGCACAAUGGCAAAGGCAAGGCAACGCCCUCUACCACGGCCGGCGACGACGGCAGCGAAGACGACGGCAUCCACACACCGCCUCCACCAGACAGCAGCAGCAAGCUAGCACCCAAGAAGACGCUCGCCAGCCUCCUCUCCACCACAACCACCGCUACCGGCAAAGCACCCGCCUUCAAGCAGCUCAAACCACCGGCAGAAGCUGCGCCUCCCGUGUUCGAGGUUAUCCCUACCAAGCUGCCCGAAGAGAACAUGCGCGCGCGCAUGUGGAUCUACGAAAGCAUGGUCCGCUUUGACAAGUUUGGCCUCAACCGAGGCGUACUGUCGCAGCUCGACAGGCUGGAGCACUGGACGCACGCCAUGGCUCAGGACAUGCUCGCCUGCUUGCUCAAAACCAUGGCCGGAAUGACCAACAUCGAUAAAGGACAGCCCACCAAGCCGUUUGUCAAGGCAGUCACCGCCUUCCGCACCCACGGAAAGAGCUUGCAGCGCGGCGAACCGUGGUCCGCUGCCGCCGAGCUGAUCUCUAUCUUUGGGCUCGCACACACUCCUCUCGCGUUUGUGGAGCACGACAUUCCCGUCGAGGUGGAAGCCGCCGCUGCUCAACGCUCGCCCUCGCCUCCCGCGGCUCGUGUCACUCGUGCUCGCAGAGCCAAGGAGAGCAACCAGUACGAGAUGGUGCGUCAACUCUCCUUGCUUGAUCAGUGGGAGGAGGACGAGUUUGGAGGCGGUGACGAAGACGACGACGAGGAUGCCUUGCCGAGCAAACGUCGCAGAGUCCCCACCAAGAAAAAGUCGAUCUACGUCUAUGACGAUCCCAGCGACGAUGACGAGAGCAUGGCUGACCCGGACGAUAGCAGUGCACGCGGCCGUCGAUUGGGACGUGCACGCAAGGCAGCUGACAAUCAGCCAGCUCCCGAAAUCCGACUCACUGGGCGACAGCAGGCGAUCAAGCUGCAGCAGGAGCAGCAGAAGGAAGAGCAGGCUGCAGCAGAGAAGCAGCGACAGGAAGAAGAAGACGACGACGAGGCCCGCCAAGCUCAGGCGUCUCGCAAACGUCGUCGAAGCACCAACGGCACUGCCAGCGACGGCUCCGACGACGAAGGCAUCCACCACAACGGUCUUGACCUCAUGAAGAAAAGUAGACUGAGAGCUGGCAGCUCGGCUGACGAGGCCGAAUCCGACGAUGGUGCAGAUGCAGAGAGUCGCGACAAGGAGCAUCGUGACGUCCAAUUCAAUGGCGCCACUAACGUCCAGGCUGCCGAGCAAGCUGAGCAGGAGGUGGACAGCCCCGAUCUCGAGACCAAGGUGUCGAUCCUCAGCGCACUCAUCGAUGCGGCUGUCAUGGCUGAAAGCAUCACAGAGGAGCUCAAAACGGCACCGGAGCAAAUGACGGCGAUGGAACGCACGCACAAGGCAGCCAAUCAUGAGAUGGAGAGGGAGAUUGCCGAGGAGCUUGCGGAGCUCAACAAGCGCGCGCCGAGCAUCGUGUCUCCCGAGUAUCAGAAGUGGAAGGCCGAAAAGGCGUCGCUUGAGCACGAUCACGCAUGGCGUAGGCAGGAUGCACGAGUGACGAGCGAGCUGGCCCUCGACACGCACGCAUUGCGCACCGGUCCCAUCGGACACGACGUCGACGGUCGCGAGUAUUGGCACCUGCGCGAGUAUCAGGAGCGUAUGCCCAAAUAUACCGAGGGGAGGUACGCGUGGUGCCUGGUGGUGAUGGGGCCAGCCUUUCCGCAGGAUCCAAACAAGGUUCAAGAGGGAGCCAAUGAGGAAGAGAAUGUGAAGCAGGAGGAAGGCGACACGAAUGGCAAGCAAGACGAUGCAGACGACAGUGGCCUUACUUCGCUGGACGCUUCCACCGACAACGGAGAAGCCGCAGCCGAGAGCGAAGCCAUGGAUGUCAAGCUCGGUCUACCGACUUCGCUUCAAAAUGGCGGCUCCAAGACCGAAGCCGACAACAGCACGGCUACGGCAACAACACGUAUCUGCAUGGGCGCCAAUGACCCAGCCACGAUCAAGAAGCUGAUCGACUACGUACGUUUCCGGCUGGAGCGGGUCGAGUACGAAGAGAGCGUGGCGAUGCAGGAACGCGAGAAAGCAGCUCGCCUGGCCAAGGAAGGCGGUGGCGGUGGAGACGGAUCGCGAGCAUCGUCGCCAGUUGAUGCAGACAGCGAGACUGCAGCGAGUGCGGGUAGGGAGAGCGUGUACAGCGUGCGUAAGGCCAAACAGACGCUCAAGGACACGCAGGAGGAGCGACGCAAGCAGGUGGAGCAGCUGCUGAAGCGGCUGACCAAGUCGAAGGAGUAUUUUGCGUGGCAUCGCGAGGAGGUGGCUCCCUGA